AUGCAGCGCCUCUCGGAAUUCGGCCAAGCGUCGCUUCGAACUUACACGCAAAUUGUCCUCGCCUUUCCGCUCUCUGGGAGAGCCCCAGCCUCGACCAUCUAUCAACACCUUAGAGCCUCUUUGACCCGUCUUGGGAAUUCCUUCCCACUGCUGGCCUCUGAAGUGCAUCUGAAAAAGUCACGGUUUGGUGAGGAGGCAUUCAUCCUACCACCCUCAUCGUCAGGCAUUCCCUUAUGGACUGAGAUCAGCGAUACAAACUACGCCGACCUCGCCGCGCGCGGGUUCCCAGCCCAGAAUUUUAUUCACCCCGACUUGGACUUAAACAACACUCUCAAUCUUAACGAGGGCCCCGUUCCUGUGGCCCACGUGCGAGUCAAGCUUAUUGACGGCGGCUUCCUCCUAUUCCUGUCUCUUCAUCACACGCUCGGCGAUGCAUAUUGUCUUGGGCUUUUCGCACAAGCAUUUGCGGCCGCAACUCGUGGGGAGCGGAUCGCAGUCGAGUCUUCAUCUCCAGAGCUACAUCUUCCCCAGGACGAAGAUAUAUCUUCUAGCACUCUAUUGACCUUGUCUAGGCACACACCUGAGUACGAGGUUUUAUUAAACUCAAAUUCAGGCCCAAGUUUGCCCGACAUACUUCCUGGAGGAAUUCCGAGCGAGGAGAUCCCUGGUGUCAGUAAAAUCUUCGCGCUAAAGAUUGACGACAUAGAGCAGCUUCGCAACAAGGUGCGUGACGUGUGGGGGCCCGUAGCCCGAAAGCCUUCUGCAUUCACUUGUAUGGCGGCUCUGACAUGGGCCCACGUUACGAAAGCGAGAAUUGCAAGCGAGCCAGGCAUUGCGCCUCCGAGUGAGAAUGCUAACAUCGCGAAGCUUUUCACUUUAGUCGACUUCCGCCGCCGAUUUCACGACGAAACGGAGGAAUACUUCGGCAACGCAAAUGUCACUGUUCCGACAGAGACUUCAGUCGAAGACCUUGAUUCGGCAUGUGAGGGCCAAGACGUGAUGGCCCUCGCAAAAAUUGUUGCUCGGAUCACCACCACGUUCUCGAACGUUGAUCAAACAGCUAUUCUCCGCCGCGAGGCGCUGUUCAAGAGGAUCACUGACUACCGCCGUCUCGCGCUCAGCCAGGACCGGAGAAUCCCCGGACAAUUGCAAUUCAACUCUUGGCGAUAUUUUGGAGGAAACGACGUCUGGAAAUUGCCAGGUGUGGGCACAAAGAAACCGGACUCUGUACGUAGGGUCCAAGGCGAGGUGAGCCUUGGAAAUGUGCUUAUCCUGCCGCUGAAUUCGGAAUCGGAAGUCUACGAGAUAUCGGUCCAAAUUCCUGAGAUGUCGAUGUCGGCGCUUUUACAGGACGAUGGCUGGAUGCACUGGGUUCAUCACACCAUUGGUUAG